AUGCACUUCUCCAUCAUCUCCGCCGGCCUCCUCCUCCUGGCCCCUCUGGCCUCCGCCGCCUCCGGUUCAGAGCCCACGCAGGCGCCAAAGGAGUCCCCCAGGCUCGGGUACCCGACCUCGCAGGGCUGCUUCAAAUCGUCCAAGGGCCUCAAGGACGUCGGCAUGGAGGAGACCCAGGUCUCGUCGGGCGGGUGCCGCGAGGCGUGCCAGGCGCUCAAGAAGCCCGUCUUCGCCCUCGGCGGCGGCGUGAAAUGCUUCUGCGGCGACUCGUACCCGCCCAAGUCGGACCUGACGGACGACUCGGCGUGCAACUUCCCGUGCCAGGCCUACCCGCUCGAGGCGUGCGGGAACAUUGACGGGACGGCCUUCUCGGUGUGGAAUAUUGGGGACAAGAUCAGCGUGCCGUUUUAUGACGGCAAGGACGAGGAUUCUUCUUCGACGGCCUCGGGGGCAUCCAAGACGGCGACUUCGGCUUCGGGAUCCAAGACUGCCGUGAGCACGAGCGUCAUCACCGGCGCUGUCGAGUCCGAGACUGGGCUGGCCACGGCUGCGAGCGCGAGUGGUGAGACGGCCUCGUCGACGGAGAGUGCUGCCGUUGCGACUUCGUCUAUCCCCAGCUCUGGGGCCAAGUCGAUGAUGGGGGCGGGUGUGGCCAUCCUUGUUGCUGCUCUUGCUGUCUAG